UGGCAGUUUCUGCUGACAUAAUCAUGAACAGCUGUGCCAUCAACUUCACGUAACACGCCCUUUCCUACGCAGCCAUUCCUUCGUUUUCCCCACGGAGGUUUUAUUCGCCAUCUGUGGCGACUGCAGAUUGCCGCAACUUUACCUGUCGAACUUGUCUACUUGUUUUACGGUGAAGAGAUUUGCUGAACGCAUUCAUCUGUGAUCUCGGUCACCGUCGCGUCAAUAUGGCAACAGAGUAUUACGAUAUACUUGGUCUGGAACAGUGCUGCACCGCAGAAGAUAUCAAAAAAGCUUACAAAAAGGAAGCGCUUAAAUGGCACCCCGAUAAAAAUUUGGAAAAUGCUGAGGAAGCUCAAAUGCGGUUUCGGCUUGUAGCUGAGGCAUAUGAAGUGUUGAGCGAUGAUCAAAAGAGAGCGUACUACGAUCGCACGGGUGCUCAAGCCAAGGAUAUCCCAGAGAAUCCGUCAGUCCCAUCCGCACACCCGAGAGGACAUCCGGUCGAUCCUUUCCAUGUAUUUGAAGCCUUCUUUGGAAACACUUCGCUAUUUUCCGUCAUGGAACAGCUUUUCAGUCAUGAUCCAUUUGAAGAUUUCCGAGCCCAUAGCCGCACACGUCGGCCUAACCCCGGCUUUCAGCAUCUGGACCCAUUUUUGCAGGGUUUCUUGGGUCAUCCUUUUGCCGAUAUUCCGACUGGACGGGCACGCAUUACUCGCCAGCGUCCUUCAGUUUCCCAAGAUCCAUCUCGCCGCGAUCCUUUCUCUGACCCCUUCUUUGAUAGGAUCGGUGUGUUUAGGAGCUAUAGCACCAUUCCCUCGAUGCAUGAAUUCUGGGAAACAGCGCACAAUGCUUCACACUUGAAUCUUCCGAGAAGCGCGUCUUGUCCUGUAUCUGACCCACAUCUACACCAUGCGACGCCAGAGGCAUUCGCCGGAACCCGGCAGCCGCGAGACUCUGGUGUCUCGAUGCAUUAUAGUCCUUCCGAACGCGGUGUACCUUCGCAGCCUCAGCAACCGCAUCCACUGCAGGCGUCUAGAGAAUACGCUCAACCUAUGGGUUCUAACAGACAACCCUCUUAUCCUAUGCGCGCAUCUGAGCGCUCGGCGUCAACGAAUGGAUCUACCCGGAUCAAUGUUCCCAUAUUGUGAGGUGGAGAUGCAGGUGGCGUAUGUUAUUGGGUAUACCAGCGGGUUCUGCAUAAGUAAUCUGAAGGCGAAUGAUGUCUUUUGCAUAAUUUGGAGUGCAAUGCAAAUGGGAAUGGGACGCCAUGUAUCGAUUGCAUUCUGGUCUGAUGUAUAUAUUGUUCUUUGAUCUACCAAGUUGUGUUUAGUUUCUUGUUUUCUGCUUUUUUGUCCAAGCCUCGUAUAUAUACUCUGUUGGCUGGUAAAUGCUGCCUAACACUGCAAGAUCCUAACUAUCUGCCUAGCAGAUUUAUGAUAUCAGUGCAUAAAAUGCC